AUGUCAGCGUAUAACCGCGGAAAUGAGAAGGCGGACGGGGACGGCUUGCCACGUGUACGCAUGCUGAGCUGUCUGCACGCGCUUUUCACGCAGCUGCACGACUCGGGAAGCGAGGAGGCAGCAGCGGACGGAGGUAGGUUCUGGCGAGGAGACAUCAGACGGGGGAGUUCCCUCCCUCACCCCGUAGGUUCCCUCCCUCACCCCGUAGGUUCCCUCCCUCACCCCGUAGGUUCCCUCCCUCACCCCGUAGGUUCCCUCCCUCACCCCGUAGGUUCCCUCCCUCACCCCGUAGGUUCCCUCCCUCACCCCGUAGGUUCCCUCCCUCACCCCGUAGGCGCUGUGAGCCGUCCGAUCCUCAACCCGGCCGAUCUGGACGGUCUAGAGAAGGCGGUGCGCAUCCUGCACCUGCGGUACUGGUCAAGCCUGCGCCCGCUCACCCGCGGCAAGCUACCUAUCGACCGAUGCGCUGUGAGCCGUCCGAUCCUCGACCCGGCCGAUCUGGACGGUCUAGAGAAGGCGGUGCGAAUCCUGCACCUGCGGUACCGGUCGUGCCUGCGCCCACUGACUCGCGGCAAGCUGCCGUCUCGCACGGAACUGAAGGAGAUGCGGCUGAGCGCCCAGGCCAUGGGGGUUAGGGCCGCCAUGAUGAUGAUUGAUAAGGUCCCCAAGGGCGACCCUCGCAGGGUGCCUCUCUUUGCCUUCCGAACGUUUGCCCUCCGAGCCGAACUCGACUCCCAAGCCCUGCGAUCCACACCCGAACCUGCUGCCGCUGCCACUGCCGAACCUGCCGCUGCCACCGCCGAACCCGCUAACAAGUCCGCCCCUGCCACUGCCAACGGGUGCCACCCUCCAUCCUCCUCCCCCUCCCCCUCCCCCUCCCGUUGGGAUGUUGACUCGUACCGUAUUGCCGCUGCGCCAUUGGAGGAUCUGCUGGAAGAUCUGACGGACGAGGUGCAAGCAGUGUGGGAGGCGUCCCAACGAACGGUGUACGAUGUGGCGGUCUCACUCGCCCCUGUCUUAGCCCAGUAUGCCUUGCUGGGACGAGCCGUGCAGCUGGUUAUUCAGGAGAAUAAUCAGGUGGUUACAGCGGAGGGUGGCAGUGGUGGUGCGGGUGGUUCUGGUGCUGGUGUUGCGGUCCCAGCAGUGGGAGACGAGCUAAUCCUGUGGGACGACGGGCUAGACGACGUGCGAGACCUCUUCCUCCCCGACCGCCGCGAGGCCAACCUCAACUCCUCCCCAUCGCCCUCCUCCUCCCCUUCCUCCUCCUCCGCUUCCUCUGCCGCUGCCUGCUCCUUCUCCUCCUCGUUCCCGCUCGGCGCGACCGUUCGAAUCGACUCGAUGAGCGAUUUCUCCUGGUUUGUCGCGUGGAACGGCACCUCCCCUGUGGACAGCAUCCCCAGCGAGGUGUCGGUGAAGCGCCUGCUGCACUCCAUAGGCGCACCUUCCUCGCAGCACGCGAUGCUGAGAUCCUCGGAUAAGUCGCUGCUCAUGGCGGUGACUCUCCCAGAGGUGCGGUUUGAGGCGGAGAGAAGGGUGGGCGAGCAGCUGGCGUGGGCUGUGGAGGGGGGGGCUAGGCUGGAGAUGAAACAAGGGAGGGGGCAGUUUGUGGGGAGUGGGGGGAGUGUGGGGGGAAGCGGAGGGGCAGGGGGGUUGGCUGGGGGAGGCGGAGGGGGGGGGAGGGGGAGACGGGGGGGGGAGGGGGAGUGGUACUUGGAAGAGCUGGAACCAGCCAAGGCGAUUCCGUACGAGGAGGUGGAGCGGGCCACGCAGGGGUGGGCGGAGGAGGCCAAGCUGGGCGAGGGCGGGUCGGCUGUGGUUUACCGGGGGUGUGGGGCGGACGGGCAGCUGUGGGCCGUGAAAAGAGGGAAGAAGGGCGGGAUUUCUCGCCGGAAGGACUAUGAGAAAGAGGUGAGACAGAUGUGGUUUCAGCCGACUCGGAACGAUACGUUCUCCCCCCCCUCCGCUGCCCCUCCAUUCCCUGUUCCACUUCCCUCACUCUCUGUGCUAUCUCCCCCCCGUCCUCUCCUCCCCUCCUCCCCCCAUCUCUCCCCCAUUCCCCCAAAUAUCCACGCAGUGUCGCAGCUGAGGCAUGCCAAUCUGGUGCGGCUGCUGGGGUUCUGCGAGGAGAGGGAGGGAGGAGCUGCUCUGCUGCCACCCGCACGCCUCCACUCCACCUCCCCUCCUCCCCUGUGUCCCCUUGCUUUUGCGCUCUGCCCUUUCAACCUCCCACUCUUCCCCCCACAAAAGAUCCAUGCAGUCUCCCAGUUGCGCCACGCCUCCCCGGUGCGGCUGCUGCUGGGGUUCUGGGAGGAGUCUAGUUUUGCGGCCAUGCAAAGACUGGAGGGAGGAGCCUCUUCAAGACUCCUAACCAUGCAAACCAGCCACCUUCACCCCCACGCCUCCACCCCUCAUGACCUCCCACUGUCCUCCCACUGUCCUCCCCCUCCCCUCCCCGUCACCCCCUCCCCGUCACCCCCUCCCCGUCACCCCCUCCCCGUCACCCCCUCCCCGUCACCCUCUCCCCGUCACCCUCUCCCCGUCACCCUCUCCCCGUCACCCUCUCCCCGUCACCCUCUCCCCGUCACCCCCUCCCCGUCACCCUCUCCCCGUCACCCUCUCCCCGUCACCCUCUCCCCGUCACCCUCUCCCCGUCACCCUCUCCCCGUCACCCUCUCCCCGUCACCCUCUCCCCGUCACCCUCUCCCCGUCACCCUCUCCCCGUCACCCUCUCCCCGUCACCCUCUCCCCGUCACCCUCUCCCCGUCACCCCCUCCCCUCCCCUCCUCUUUCCCACCUCAGAUCCACGCGGUCUCCCAGCUACGCCACCCCAACCUGGUGCGGCUGCUGGGGUACUGCGAGGAAAGAGAGGAGCUUCUGCUCGUAUACGAGUUUGUGCCCAACGGCAACCUGCGCCAGCACAUCAACCCCAUCAGGGGGGAGGCGGCCAUAGAAGGGAAGCCGGGAGGCAUGUUGUCGUUUGACAAGCGCCUGGAGGUGGCCCUGGGAGUGGCGGAGGCGCUGCAGUACAUGCAUGGAUGCCACCCGGCGAUCAUUCACCGCGACGUGAAGACGCUCAACGUGUUCCUUGACAACGACUUACAUCCCAAGCUAGGCGACUUUGGCAACGUGAAGGAGAUCAAUGACGAGUCUACGUCUCCACGCACACCCGAGUGGUCGGCACUCCAGGCUAUCUGGAUAAUUGUUGGGUCGUCAAAAGACACGCUUGUUUUCCUCUCCCCCUCCCUCCCUUCUCCCCUUCCCCAGCCGAAGCUGGGCAACUUUGACAACGUGAAGGAGAUCAGCAACGAGUCCACGUUUCCCUCGUCUUCCCCGCUAUAUGGGAUUUCCCUUGUCUUCCCCGCUCACACCACUGCUUCCUUCACUCCCUUGCCCCCUGUACCUGCUUCCCUCGCCUCUCAACUCUCCCAGCCGAAGCUGGGCGACUUUGGCAACGUGAAAGAGAUCAACGACGAGUCCACGUCUCCCACGCACACCCGAGUGGUCGGCACACCGGGCUACCUCGAUCCACAAUAUUGCCAGACCAGCAUUGUGUCUGAUCGUUCUGACGUCUACAGCUUUGGAGUGGUGCUUCUGGAGCUCAUAACAGGCAAGGCGCCUGUUCUCAAGGAGUCAGACGACGCCGGGGAGAGAAUGGCGCUCGCCAAAUGGGCCACCCCCGCCAUCUGCAGUGGCCACACGGACUCAGUGGCAGACCCCGUGCUGCUGGAGUCGAGCACCCCACAGGCGCUGCAGGCGGUGGGCAGCCUGGCCGCCAUGUGUGUGCAGCGCCUGCCCAAGGACCGCCCAGCCAUGGGGGAGGUGGUGCGGCGACUAAAAUCCAUCAGACAGCAGGCCCUAGCAGCAGCAGCCACAGCUUCGGGCAGCCUCCGAGGCUUCCCCACGUUCGGCCGAGCCGGUGGAUCUAUAACCUCUCCCGACGCUGCUGCUGCUGCUGCUGCUGCGGAUGGUGGUGGUGGUGCUUCAACCCCCAGACCCUCCUCUGCUGCUGCUGCUUUCCCCAUGCUCUCGCCGCGAAUCCCGGGCGGGAUAAACGUUUUCCAGAAAGAUUUCUGGCGCCCGAAGUUCCCGCCGGUCCGCUCGAAAUCGGACAUGAAUCUCGCGAACCUGCCGUCAGAAUCAGGCUCGGAAGGAAGCCAACAGGAAGGUUCCCGGGGGAGGGAGGGAGGGGGUGCAGAAGCAGAGGUGCCCUUGUCUGCUGUACCAGCAUCAAUGAGUGGGUUGGUGAGGGGGAGGAAAGGAGUUGAGAGGGUGGAGAGUACGGAAGAAGGUGAGGAGGGGGAACUGGAAGGAGGGUUUGGGAGGAGGUGGAUGGGAGGAGAUGAGUCAGAUAGGGAGAGUGAGGGUAGUGGUGGUGGUAGGUUCGGUAGCGGUGGUAGUGGUGGUGGUGGUGGUGGGGGGGGUAGUGGUGGUGGUUCUUCUGCUGCAAAUGUCUCCUCUCAGUUGCUUUCCCCCAAGCCUGCUGCUCGUGCACUCAGAGGGUUCCUUCCGCACUCUAGGACCGUUUCCGGAGGGGAAGUUCCGACAACGCCCACAACGCCGACCACACCGGGAGGAAGACCCAGGAGCAGAGGGGAGGGGGGCAGCGGAGGAAAGAGGGGGCUGUUUAGACGGAACCCCCACGACCAGGGUCACUGGGAGGAUGACGAGUUGGAGGAUGGGGAGGAGGAGCAGGGGGAGCAUCGGCAAGGGUACGCCCGCGCACAUGGGGAGAGCAGCCGUGAUAGACCCGGGGAUGGGCAUGGGCGCGGGGGAGGGCAUGGGAGGGAGCGUGGGGUUGGGCAUGGGAGGGAGCGGGGGAGGGAGCGGGGGCAUGCAAGGGAGCCGUCACAGGAAGAAGCUCAAGCUCCCACGAAGCAGCCAGGAAAAAUCCCCAAGUCGAGAUCGCUGGACCUCGCGUCGCUCAUGCUCGGCCUCCCGAUUCCGCACUCCAAGACAAAGGAGGAGGUGGGCGGAGAGGGAAGAGGAGGGGGGAAGUCCCCGCGGGGGGGAGGGGCCAAGUCGCCUCGAGGGGGGGGAGGGUCCAAGUCCCCCCGAGGAGGAGGGGCGAAGUCUCCAAGAGGAGGAGGCGGUGCGAAGUCGCCUCUCAUGGCGCCGUCGUCGCCUCUGCCUGAAACUGCCAAGAAGUUUCUGUCUGCUACGCUGGGGAAGAAGAAUAAGAUGAAGGAGAUUCAAGCGCUGGUAGCAUUGCAGCACGCCAACCUGGCAGAAAUUCUCGGCUAUGCCCUGGAGAAGGAUGAUGUGCAGAUCGCAUACGACCUCCCCCCCAACUCCGCUUCCCUGGAGAACUACCUCUUUCCAGAGGGAGUGGAUGGUGACUUCCUGCCGCUGCGAGUGCGAGUGAAGGUGGCGAUAGGGGUGGCCAAGGGGCUGGCCUACCUGCACUCCAAGUCGGUGGUUCACGGCAACCUCAUGUGCUGCAAUGUGAUGCUGGAUUCAAGCUACACAGCGCUGCUGACGGGCUAUGGGCUGGCGGCAAUACUGGCCAAAGGAUCAUCAAAGAAGAUACUUAAGGGAGCGGAGGGCAUGGGGAAGGACGCGUUUGACUUUGGCGUGGUGCUCUUUUCUCUCCUCACAGGCCGGCAGGGAGCACACAGCACAGCGCAGCAGCACGGCGCCGAGGCCCUCUUUGACUGGGCCGAGCCCUACACUGACGACCUUGCUCGCAGCGCCGAGUGUGGCAGUGCCACGAGGCGCAUGGUGGUGCGCAUGCUUGAUGUGCUGGCUAAGGAAUGCAUGCAGGAUGAUCCCAGGCGCAGUAAGGGGUGGUACCGACAGACAGCGGUGGUCAGCUGCGGUGGAGAGUGGUGCAGUGCGGUGAAGCGCAUGGUGAAGGGCAUGGUGAAGAGCAUGGUGAAGAGCAUGGUGGUGCGUAUGCUUGAUGUGUUGGCUAAGGAAUGCAUGCAGGAUGAUCCCAGGUGUCGGCCCAGUAUGGAGGAUCUGGUGGUGAGGCUGUUCCGGCUGCAAGAUUCCCUGCGGGUGGGAAGGAAGCACCGGUGGGACUUCUGA